AUGCCAAUAUCAUUAAUUGAAGCCAUAACUUAUAGUUGUUUAAAAUGUGAAAAUAGAAGAUGUUUAGAAAAUAUUCUUGGAAAAGAAUUACCUCAUGACUAUGGUGAACUAUUUGAUAUUCUUUCUGAAUUAUUACCAAAGAAGACUCCAUCCAAAAGUUAUAUCACUAUUCAAACAAUUACUGACUUUUGGAAAAUACAACAUUUCUUUGAUAAACGAUUACCUGCAUUGAGAGAUUCAGCACGAAAUAAAGAUCAUAAUGGUCAACUAAUGUUAUACAUCACUAAAAAACAACCACAUAGUAUUGUUGCUUAUUUACAUCAUGAGUUUCUCUUAAAGUUCAUUCCAACUAUUCCAAAAAAUCAUAUUUUAUUUGACACUGACUUUUCUAAAAUUCUACAAGAUGAAUUAUGGGGAAAUCAAACACCUCCAGUCAAUUCAAAUAAACAAGCAUUACAAUCUCUUGUUUCAUUACAAUCAUUAUUACCAAUUUCUAAUUAUUUGAAAGAUUCAUUUAUUCAACGACUCUUAGAAGCAGAAGAAACAGAAUUAGUUUUGUCAUGUCUUCUCCACCCAUUCUAUUUUAUCACUUUUGCAUUAGACAAUCCAAUAACCCUUCAUAUAAACCAUUCAACACAUUAUGUAGAAACGCACUCAUUCCAUUUCAUGAAAGAAGAUGUUUUGAAUCAAAUUAAACUAAAAUUUAAUCAAAACCCAUUGAAAUACAUAAGGGUUCUUGUUGCUUGUCUCCCACAAUUCAAACCAAAUGAUCUUUACUCAAUUUAUCAAAUGAGUCUCAAUGUUCUUGGUGGACGAUCUGAUUCAGUUCUUGUACAAUACAUCCAGGCAUCAGUGUCUGCAAUGUUGUCAGUCUGUCCUGAAUAUUCAACACCUCCACCACAUUCUAUCAUGUCAGUUAUUGCUUUUGAACAUUCGUUAGUUUUUAUUUCACAAUCAUUAUUAUCUCCAGCAACAAGAGCAACCAUUGUUCAAGAGCUUCAUGAAGUUCUUCAAGGGGUUGUUGGAGAAGGAAGACUUGUUGAUAAAAUAGAUGGAGUAAGAAAGAAUUGGGUUGGAAAGAUCACAUUGAGGUUAUUGUGGGAUCUUAUCUGUCUUUCUACAAACAACCCAGUGUUUGAUCAAAUAUUGGUUGAAGAUGUUUUUCAAGAUGAUAACAGAAAUAAUGAAACACAACCUCUUUCAAUGAUGGAUAGAAGAGAUUCAUUACUUUCACGUUUGUUAGUUCAUUUAACUGAUUAUUAA